GCGUGCCGUGGCACGUCAUCCUCACCCAUGCACCCCGAAAGAAAAGCCCUGGGAAUUAUGAUAGAUAGGUAUAUUUAUUAUAUACAGUUAAAUAAAACAGUUUGCCCGAAUUAACUUUUUGGAUUUGUGAAGUUGAGCUUACAGUGUGAGAUUUGCCUAUUUUCAAAUGUUAAUGUAGGUAAUCAUAAUCAUAACUGUUGUUAUGAUUAUUAUUGCUAACUGUUAAGCCUUGUGGUGUGGAAAUGUUAUGCUUUGGGAUAGUUGUCACAACCAGUGACACAGUACUGGAUGCAGAUGACUAACAGUCAAGAGAGUGAAGGUGAUACGGGCUUCUAGAAGUCAAAAGCCACCGUGAACAACCAAAAGAAACACAAGCUCAAGUUUCGGAACGGCCCCCCACAGUCUCCUGACCUGAAAAUCACAGACAAUCUGAGAUCACGGUUUGGUAAACAGAACAUGUGGCGCGUCAAGACAGCCUAAAAACUUCUCAGAACUUGAAGUGAUCUGCAGGGAGAGUGGGGGGAAACUUCCCAACAAGAAUAGAAAGACUCUUUGGCAACAAAAAGCUGUGAUAUCUGUGAUUACUGACACUUUUGAACACUUUGCCACAAUUACUGUUUAAUCUCUCUCUCUCUCUACUUAUUAAAUUAAUGAAAUCAAAACUUCAAACUGCAUUAACAUUUUAAGAAACAUUACUUUUAAAUGUGUUUUUGUUACAAGGGUUUUAUUCACUUCUUUACAACAGAAAUUGAACAUUAGAGGCAAUAAAGUAAAACUUUUAAGAAAAGAAUCAUGUCCACCCUUUUAGGCUGCACAUAAAGGGUUUGCACUCUUCAUUUCAAAUGAUGUAACAAAGAAGAUUCAUUGAUGGAUUACUGGGAUUAGCUGGGCACAAAAGACGCAUAAAUGAGAUUAAACAGCAAGAAAGGCUACAAGGAGACACAAAACAACUGCAAAAAGACAGAGAACAGACACGACGGUGCACAGAACAAGCAUAAAGGGACACAAAACCACCACAAAAAGGUGCAAAACAACUCAGUGUCUCUUUCCCUCUGGGGUUUUGCUCCUAUGUAGAAGAGGUGGGGGCCCAUUACAUGUCUGCUGCCAGGGGGCUUUUGUGUUAUAACCAAUGAACUGAGGUGCUAUUGGGCUGGGGAGGCAGUUUACAGAUCUACUUCAAGGGGCCUGACACAGAAGGGGACCAGCACCAGUGGGUGGUUUUAAGCUGCAAGACCCACAUUUUGAUGGUCUGUCUCCACCUAGUGGAGAAAUGAGGCAGCACAGGCAGCCGCCACUCUUCUCAUGUCGUUGCAAACGCGGCUAACCCACUUCCCCAAAGAAUCUCCAUCCAGACACCAGCAGCAGAAAAGGCCUCACAGCUGAUGAAUUCAUGCCACCGGCUGACAUCAUUUGCAGCAUCCACAUGACGGCAUCAGCCGGCGCCUGUAUUUACUUCUGGUCCAGUUAGCUGCUGCUGCUGCUGCUGCUGCUGCUGCUGCAAUGGAGGUAAACAGGGACGAAGCGGAGCGCUGCAUCGAUAUCGCAACUGCGGCGCUGACCAGCGACCAGCCGGAGAAGGCGCAGAGGUUCCUGGAGAAGGCGCAGAGGCUCUUCCCGACAGAGAAGGCGCAGGUUCUGCUGAACCUCAUUGCAAAGAAUGGAUUCACACCCAGACGAGGCAGCAGCCACUCCGAGUUCAGUGGGAGCUCGGGGCCUCGACAGCGGCAGACCACCGGUGAAGAUACGACUCCUGGAGAAAAGCCCUCGGACACCUCGAAAUCCUACACGGCGGAUCAGCUCGAUGCUGUGAGGAGGGUGAAACAAUGCAAAGACUUCUACGAGAUUCUCGGCGUCCAGAAGGACGCGCCCGAGGACGAACUCAAAAGAUCGUACAGGAAACUUGCUUUGAAAUUCCAUCCAGACAAGAACCACGCUCCGGGUGCUACAGAGGCAUUCAAAGCUAUCGGGAAUGCGUAUGCCGUCCUGAGUAACGCGAACAAAAGACAGCAGUACGACCAGUGUGAAGAAGAGAGGAGACAUCCUUCGAGUCACGGCGCUGGCGACGGGAACUUCGAGCCCGAUAUUUCCCCUGAGGACCUCUUCAAUAUGUUCUUCGGAGGAGGCUACCCGUCAAGUAAUGCCAACGUGUACAGCAAUGGGCGGAUGCGUCAGCCAAGGCGAGAGAGAAGGGAGCGACAGCGAGAAGGUGGCCUUGCUCUCUUCGUGCAGGUCAUGCCCAUCCUCAUCCUGGUCAUCGUGUCGGCUCUCAGUCAGAUCAUGGUCAACAGCCCCCCCUACAGCCUCAGCUUCAGGCCGUCGGCAGGUUACACUCAGAAGAGGCUGACUGAGAGCCUGAAGGUGCCAUAUUAUGUGGGGGAGCAUUUCUCCAAAGAGUUCACGGGACUGAAUCGGAAGAAUUUGGAGCGGACGGUGGAGGAGGAUUAUAUUUCCAACCUCCGCAACAAUUGCUGGAAGGAGAAACAACAAAAGGAAGGCAUGUUAUACAGAGCUCGCUAUUUUGGAGACACUGAUCUGUACCAAAGAGCACAGAGGGCUCGCACACCGAGCUGCGCCAAGCUGUCUGAGAUCACAGCUUCACUACAUGGUUGAGGCUGCUUUCAUAAUCAAAAGCAGGUUUCCAGAAUCAACACACAAGACUGCUGACUGUAAAUAACAUGAGCUUUAACAAUCCGGAGAAUGAAGACGACUCAACAAGCAACACAAACAAACCAGCACCAGUCUGCAUCAAACUGAACACACACAGGUUGAAACUAUGAAUUUCAUUAUGUAAAGUUUAAAUACAAUAUUAAUAUACUGCUAUGAAAUGGAAAAGCCACUUGAAAUAGCUUGCACCCCCCCCCCCCCCCCCCCCCCAAUCUCAUCUGACAAGAUCUGGGUUCUCAGUUCUGACUGGAAGCCAUGGAACUGGCACAGGUCACAUUAUGUUCUUUUUGGUUUUUUUAAAGAGUGCAUUAUGAGGCCAGAGCGUGGUGAGGGUACAGUAAGUACUGUCACACAGGAUGUGGUUCAUGUAGCAGUUGAUUAGAUACCACAGCGAAUGCUUCCUCUUUAUUUCAUGCAGCCAAAUCAGGAGAGGAGUCUGAGGGAGGAUUUGCUUUUUUUGACUUCAAAUGCACAUUGUGAAACUAUGCAGGAAUAAUGUGAAACCUCCGAUGAAUAUACACUUGUGUCUAAGGUUUGUCAAAUGUACGAACACGGAGAAUUGUGCAUGUGUGUGUCUGUGUGUGUGUGUGUGUGUGCGUGUGUGUGUGCGUGAGGUAACGAUUAGGAAAUGUCCCUUUACACUUCGCCUCCUUUUCUUGUUUUAAGGAUAGCAUUAUAUAACGUAGCUUGAUGGCUCUUCAUAAAACAUGCCAAAAGAACGAGAGACGUGCCUACCCACAAAGUGGGGCUUUGACUGGUUGUAGCGUUGGAGAGUAAUGUCUUAUCUGUUGGGGGGAAAAGCAGUCUUUGUCACCCUUCUUAUGCUAUUUAUUCUUUGUUGUAUAAUAAAAAUGAAGAAAAACA